UUUUGUGGUGCCAUGAUGCUCUCGCCUUGGUUCAAGAUGGCGUCGUCGUUUUGGAAAGGUGUUGUCGGAGUCGGUCUUUUUGCUUUAGCUCAUGCGGCUUUUUCAGCAGCACAACAUCGAUCGUACAUGCGUCUCACAGAGAAAGAAAAUGAAACACUACCAAUAGACAUUGUAUUACAGACAUUAUUAGCCUUUGUCAUGACCUGUUAUGGUAUUGUCCACAUUGCUGGAGAGUUCAAAGACAUGGAUGCCUCCUCAGAGCUGAAAAACAAAACAUUUGACACGUUGACGAACCACCCUUCGUUUUACCUUUUCAACCACAGAGGGCGAGUGCUGUUCAAAUCACAGGAUGAGGUUCCAUCUGAACGCAACCAGCAAGCCCUCCCCAACCCCAUACGACUACGCAAGCUCGAGCAUUUGCACUGAGACUGAACCUAUAUCUGCCUGUAACCUCAUCCAUGUUUAGAGAAACCAUUUUGUUAGACACUGAAAAAUAUGUUAAUUUAAUUUGUACAUAAAACUGAUUUGAAAUGAUGGCUACACUUUGACCACUCUUUACCACUGACUGACUGUGCCAACCCUUAAGUUUUUCAGCAACUUUGUAAAUACAAGUGUAUUGCUUGGAGUCUUAAAAGUAUAGAAACAGUGCCCCCUACUGUCUUUUUCAGCUGAUUCGCGACAAUGUUCGUAAAAGGGGGCUGAGAGGCCUGUUUAUUACUGUUUAAAUUUCAUAAGUCUGCUUAAAAAGUUAUUUCAAUUCGGGUUUUGUUAUUAUGAAAUGAAAGCUGCAAUGUUUUGGUCUCUUGGGCCCUGUAUAUUGAAACUGGAGUUUGCUUGAUUACUGUAUUUCUGUGUCUUGAAUGUUUUUACUUGCAACCAUAGUAGAUCUAUAGAAAAGAUAUGCUGAACAGAUACAAAUUGAGCCUUAACAAACCAUUAGUGACAAGUAGUUUUUAAUUAGGAAUUGCGUGUAAGCUUAAUCAAAAUUAUCUUCUUUCUCACAUUCUUCAUAAAUCCUUACCACGCAACUUUUAAGUAUAUCCCAAAAUGCGAAAGAUGUAGAAAAUUAGAAAAUAAUUAGAUACAAUUUCUAACUUAAAAUCAUUAAUAUCUAGUCAUUGUAAAACGAAUUGGCUUGUCUUCAGACUGAAACGGUAACUAUUUUUUUGACUGGGUAACUAAUUUGAAUGCGUUUAUUGAAUACGUCAAUCAUUGUUGCUACAAAAAAUACGCUUGAAUAUUGUUAAGUAAAUCUAUUUCAGUACAACUAUAUGUUAUUCCACCUGGUGUUUCCUCUCCUGUGUGUUUGCGGUUGUGUUGUGGCGGUACAGGGCCCUAGAUGUCCAGUUUGCAAUAAAAGGUUUUGGAGAUGUUUUUGAUGGACUGUUAUGACUGAGCUAACCAUGCUAACCGUGCUAAUGAUACUGUGAAGAGCUAAAGUAGAGGGAAAGGUACAUUCAUUUGGGGAAAGGGGUUGUUCUUGUUUUUUUGUUAUUAAGGCUUUUAAUUUAAUAAAAAGCAUUUUGAUUUUACAA